AUGACAUUAAUAUAUGACAUUAACUAAAACAAUGAGUGGAUUAAGUAAUGAACAAAUAGAUACUUUCGAUAGAGAGGGGAUGCUUUGUUUACCUGGAUUUCUUUCACCGGGUGAGAUAAGCACAAUGUUGAAGAGAUCUCAUGAAUUAUUAGAUGAAUUUGAUAUAUCUAAUCAUCCAUUAACUCAAUUUAAAACAAAUGAUAAUGAUCAUGUAGGUGAUGAAUAUUUCUUUAACUCAAGUGAUAAAAUAGGGUUUUUCUUUGAUGUUGAUGCCUUUGAUGACUCUAAACAAUUGAAAUUUCCUGUUUCUCAAGCAAUUAACAAAAUUGGUCAUGGUCUACAUAUGAUCGAACCAACAUUUGCUGACAUUACUCUUAGUGAUAAGGUUAAAGCCAUAAUCAAAUCAUUAAAAUAUGUUGACCCUAGAGUAUUACAAAGUAUGCUUAUCUUUAAACAGCCUAUUGAUGAUAAAGUGGCCAAUGAAAGAUCGAAUGCAGUGCCUCCACAUACUGAUGGCACCUUCUUAUUUACUGAACCUCAGACUGCCAUUGGAUUCUGGUUUGCUUUAGAGGAUUGUACUAUUGAUAAUGGAUGUUUGUCAUAUUUGCCAGGUUCUCAUAAGGUAUAUCCUAUAACGAAACGUUUCGUUAAGAUUAAUCAAGGUAAGGACGGAUGUAAUUUCAAAAGUGUAGGUGAAAAUGAAAGCGUAAAAGAAAUCCCCACUGAAGGUUAUAAGACAGUUGAAUGUAAAGCAGGUUCUUUGAUUCUAAUUAAUAAUUCAGUGUUACAUAAAUCAGAGAAUAACCGUUCGAAGAAGUCAAGAUUUGCCUAUGCGUUCCAUGUAAUUGAUGGUACUGCUAAAUAUGACCAUUUGAAUUGGUUACAGGUUCCUCCAGGACCAGAAGGGGGUACACAGUUUACAAGAUUAUAUUAGGUAUUAGG